CUCUGAUUUCACUGUGGCCUAACAUCGAACAUAGAAUGGACAGUGACGAAGAAGAUUUCGUGUUUUAUGGAACGCCGAUCGACCGAGAAGAAGACAUCACCCGUCGCAAGAAGAAGGCCGUCGCUGAGGCUUCAGGCCAAUUGCGAACUCUUCCCCCUUGGAAACAAGAGGUUAGGGAUGAAGAAGGGAGGAGAAGGUUUCAUGGGGCAUUUACUGGAGGAUUUUCUGCUGGUUACUACAAUUCUGCCGGCUCCAAAGAGGGAUGGACUCCACAGUCAUUUACAUCAUCAAGGAAGAGCAAAGCUGAAUUCAAACAACAAAGUAUUUUUGACUUCUUGGAUGAUGAUGAGAAAGCUGAAUUGGAGGACCAAUCGUUGGGGACAUCUAUGCAGUUUGAUACAUUUGGAUCUACUGCUGCUGAACUUGCACGCAAACAAGCUCAGAAGGAGCAACAACAAAGGCCAUCAGUCAUACCCGGACCUGUUCCCGAUGAAAUAAUUCUUCCAGCCACAGAUUCUAUUGGUGUCAAAUUACUGCUGAAGAUGGGAUGGCGGCACGGUCAUUCUAUAAAGAAUGGACAUACUAAUUCUCUGUAUGAUGCCCGUAGAGAAGCUAGAAAGGCUUUCCUUGCUCUUUCCUCUGAUGAUACAAAAGCUCAGACUGCUGAAUGUGACCUUGGUGAAGGUGACACUGAAAUAGUGACAGAAAUACCUACUGGUGAUGACAAUCAGUUUUCUAAAAACACGUCGGUUUAUGUUCUCAAUCCAAAACAGGAUUUGAAUGGUUUAGGCUAUGAUCCUUACAAGCAUGCUCCUGAAUUUAGGGAAAAGAAAAGAUCACGCUUAUCUGGGGAGAGGGAGCUGGGGCGUAAAAAGCCUUUCUCUAUGAAAGAUACUCUUUUUGGUUUCACGUCAGGAAGGGUUGCUCCUGGUUUCGGUGUUGGGGCCCUCGAAGAUCUUGAUGCUGAAGAUGAGGAUGUAUAUGCCUCAGUCUAUGACUUCGAAGACACAUAUGUUCAAGAAAUUGAAGAGACUUCAGUAUUGACCAUAGACAACAAGAAGUCUAUUGUAAAGGAACAUGGUGAUCUGCCUGGGUUCAAAGUUGCAGCAAACUCUGACUACCAGUUGGCAAGGUGA